AUGGCGCAUGGAGUUCAGCAGGCUACUUUUCCACGCUUGCCACGGCAAGAGUGCAGUGCAAAUCUAGAUACGGGUAUCCACAACGAAAUCCUUCUCAGGCUCAAAGCGAACGACCGACUGUUCCGCAAGCACAAAUCCGACAAUGAGACUCGACAAGACGAAACGGCAGGUCCAAAGACCCUCCCUGAUCCAUUGCAAUAA